CAUACCUGUCAAACACCGCCAACCCGCGGUAAAGGGUCGCGGUAUGGUCGCGGGUAUGAAUAUCCAACACCGUACUACCCGUACCCGCCAAACCCGUCAGCAAAGAACCGCGGUGUUACCCGUACCCGUGCCUUUCCCUAUGUGGAAUCAGCUCGACCUUUUUCCUCACGGAGUCGGGAAUUCGCUCGGGAUGGACGUACACGAUGUCUCGAGUGCAAGUAAACCAGUCAACAACACGACUAUUCCACAAGACAACGUCGAACACCCCAAUUUUACACGUACUUGCGGCUCCGGUUGCCCCUCGCAGAGGGCAUGGUUGUGACUAUUGAGCCGGUGAUCUACUUCCAUGAACAUCUACUCGAAGUUAUAGAGGAGUCUGAUGAAUAUGUGGAUUACGGCUUGUUUACCGCGAAAUGGGCGGUAUGCGCAUCGAAGAUUCAAAUGGGUGCGAGAAACCUCACUAAGGUUAGGAGUGAUA